AUGUCCUGUUUCAUCAAGGGCGAGAGCCCAUUGUCACCCCCAAAGUUCAGACAACCGCGCAAAGAACUACCGACUCUCACUUGGAAUGGCAACACUCAGGGUCAAAUCUCGCUCAAAGAAGUCAGCGCCUGGUUGACACGAGGCGAUGCCAGGACAUGGACAUGGAUUACACCCGGACAUGGGCUAAGUACUUGGGAAAAAGCCCCGGCCAGCGUACGAUACGAUGCACCGCGAUGUGAUGCGCCGCGGCUACGGCUACAGCUAUGGAGCACCGUCACAGAGUUCUUCACAGCACAC